GGUUUUAAAGUGUGUGGUGAUUUAUCUAAUGGAGUUAAUAUGCGUGCUGGUGGCUUAAAUGGUUCGAAUAGUUUUGAUUUUCGUGAUAGUUUUGAAUUGUGCAUUUUUGAAUUAUGCGAUUGUUGA